AUGCCCCCUGCAACGUGCCCUUGCCUUGAGUCACAGGGCACAGCUGGCAGGGUCGCGAGUCCAACCAACAGCUCCAUCGUGGACCAACACACCACUAUACAAACAUACAAACAUACCAACAUACCACUAUACCAAUAUACCACUACACCAACAUACCACUACACCAACAUACCACUACACCAACAUAUAACUACACCAACAUACCACUACACCAACAUACCACUACACCAACAUACCACUACACCAACAUACCACUACACCAACACACCACUACACCAACAUACCACUACACCAACAUACCACUACACCAACAUACCACUACACCAACAUACCACUACACCAACAUACCACUACACCAACAUACCACUACACCAACAUACCACUACACCAACAUACCACUACACCAACAUACCACUACACCAACAUAUAACUACACCAACAUACAACUACACCAACAUACCACUACACCAACAUACAACUACACCAACAUACCACUACACCAACAUACCACUACACCAACAUACCACCGCACCAACAUACCACUACACCAACAUACCACUACACCAACAUACCACUACACCAACAUACCACUACACCAACAUACCACUACACCAACAUACCACUACACCAACAUACCACUACACCAACAUACCACUACACCAACAUACCACUACACCAACAUAUAACUACACCAACAUACCACUACACCAACAUACCACUACACCAACAUACCACUACACCAACAUACCACUACACCAACAUACCACUACACCAACAUACCACUACACCAACAUACCACUACACCAACAUACCACUACACCAACAUACCACUACACCAACAUACCACUACACCAACAUACCACUACACCAACAUACCACUACACCAACAUAUAA